CUUCAGUACGGAAGCCUAGUGGGCUGGGCGCACGAGUGCUCAAUCUGCACGGAGCGCGACACACCGAUAAACUGACUUACGGUUGGGCGGAGGUGGAGGAGGGCAUCUACACACACACACACACACACACACACACACACACACACACACACACACGGGAGCUGGAGGAGGGCGGCGGAACCCGAGACUCGAACAGCUCGCCCAUCGUCCCACGAGUGGAUAACUUCGGCGUGUGUGUGCUUUUCCCCUCCGACGGAUCUCGGUGACUGAUAACUCCUCCCGAGCCCUGCCGUGCUCCUGCCAGAUGAAUGGAGUGGCGUUCUGCCUGGUCGGAAUCCCACCCCGUCCCGAGCCUGCGGCUUCCAUACUCCGAGAUGGGCUGGGCUCCACCAAUGAGAACCCUCGGCUGGGCUCCACCAAUGACAAUCCUCGGCCAGUGCUGGAGGGCGGGGCUACAGUGCGGUGGGCGGGGCCAAGAACUCUGCUGCUGCAGCGCACGCACGGAACUCUGGGAUACGGAUUCACACUCCGUCACUUCAUCGUCUACCCACCAGAGUCUGCUCUACGGGAUGAGCUCAAUGGGAAUGAGAGAGGUCACCUGGAGCCCAUGGAUACCAUCUUUGUGAAGAAUGUAAGAGAGAAUGGCCCUGCCCACCAAGCUGGCUUGUGCACAGGUGAUCGUCUCGUUAAGGUGAACGGUGAGAGUGUGUUGGGGAAGACCUAUGCACAGGUUAUUUCACUCAUCCAAAACAGUGGUGCUCUACUAGAACUCUCAAUUAUGCCAAAAAAUGAGGAUGUAUUACAGCUGGCGUAUUCUCAGGACGCUCUUUCCUACUCGAGAGGAAAUGUUUUGUAUUCGGGAGGAGCUCAGCACAUCCCAGCCCCGCCCCCACCUUAUAGCCACGCCCAUCAACACGCCCACAUGGGUCAGAAGCAGCAAGAGGGGUGGGGGCUGACGCACACACACUCACACACGCCUCACACACACUCACACUCGCCUCACACACACUCACACUCGCCUCACACACACUCACACACACCUCAGGACAGAUGGGGUCGCUGGCCAAGCCCCGCCAUUCGGCCUGAUGACUGGCUAAGCUCCGCCCCUCGGCCUGAUGACUGGACAGAUGGGGAGGCGGCCAGAGGACGUUCUUUCUCUGUGGGACACACCCACCAUCACCACGGCAACUAUCUGUCACCUGCGUCGCCCAGUCCCAGUUGUCACACAGCUAAAGCGCUGAGUGAUUGGUACUACACACACUCACAAACACCCUCACAAACCCCCUCACGCUUGCCUUACACACACACACACUCCCACUCAUCAAACCUGCCCCCCCGCACACCCCCCGCCCCCCGACACACCCCCCCACGCAGACGCUGCGCCUCACAGGAUAGGCUGGGGGAGGGCUGCAGGGGGAGGGGCUACGGCAGCUCCCAGGAGUCUGACUGGUUGUUGUCGUCAGUAAGCCCCGCCCAGAGAAGCUCUGAUAGGUGGGGGGCACAGGGGGCGUGGCCUGUCCGCUCACGCUCAGAGUCGCUCCUAUUGGACAGAGCACGACCCGCCCCCUCACUGGAGCCGCACCCAUUGGACAGACCAGACAGACAGGCUCCGCCCAGGAGUCUUGUUAGCCCCACCCACAGACGAACAACACAACAAUCUCACACACCACAUCACAUACCACAACACACACCACAGCACACACCACAACACACCCCACAACACACACAACACACAUCUGGACAUUCUGGACACCCCCCCCAACACAUGCCCAAUAACUAUGAGCAGACACCUGGACACUCCUAUGUUCAAAGAACCCAACACACUCCACAACACACACCACAACACACUCCCCAACACACUCCUCAACACACUCCUCAACACACACCACAUCACACUCCCCAACACACUCCUCAGCAUGCACAUGGUCAAAGACCUCCUAAAGUUUCAGACACCCGUGAACACACCUCUCCGUACCCAGCCCAACACACAGCAGAGUACACUCACCACCCUCCACUACACACACACCACCCUCCACUACACACACACUCUCCUCUAACGCAGCGCACUCCGCAACACACCGCAGAGCCGCCUCCCCAGCCGAGUCCUGGCCACACCCCCCGACCCCAUGACCCCCGACCCCAUGACCCCCGACCCCAGCCGAGUCCUGGCCACACCCCCCAACCCCAUGACCCCCGACCCCAGCCGAGUCCUGGCCACACCCCCCGACCCCAGCCGAGUCCUGGCCACACCCCCCGACCCCAGCCGAGUCCUGGCCACACCCCCCGACCCCAUGACCCCCGACCCCAGCCGAGUCCUGGCCACACCCCCCGACCCCGGAAACCCGCCCCCCAGGUGCGGCGUCGCUCUGAGGGGGAGGAGUCUGAGGGUUACCGUAGCUACAGCCCCUCCUUCUACCACAAGACGGAGCGCAUCCUGCAGCACGCCCACUCGUUCCGAGACUCCCCCCACUUUGACGCUCUCGCCUGGGACUCCUCCCACACAGAACACUCCCCUGAAACCGUCGCCCAAUCAGAUGCUGUGCCCAGCAAGGGGCGGAUCCACCUGCUCACCAACCAGGGGGAUGCAGUUGAGAAGGAGGCGGAGCAACAACAGGGGAUGGUACUAAGACAGGAAGAGGCGGAUCUAAGACAGGAAGAGGCGGAGCAACAACAGGAAGUGGUGCUAAGACAGGAAGAGGCAGAGCAACAACAGGAAGUGGUACUAAGACAGAAGCCCGUUGGUGGACGCAAAGCACUCCACGCCCUGCACCUCCCCCCCAACUACAUGCUGGACUCUCUCAGCCUAUCAGAUCCUGCCAACAGCCUUGAACCCGCCCCCAGUUCGGAGCAUGCCCAGAACACUAGCCCCGCCCCUGCCCUCAUUAUUGACCCCGCCCCCCAACACCGGAACACUGGGUCUCACCUGACUGUACAGGACGACAGCCUGGCAACCAUUCCAUUCAUCGAUGAGCUCACGUCUCCGUCUGUAGAUCUCCGUGCCCGGUUAGUCUCCGCCUCCUCUGUGGUGUCCAGUGGUGUUGACUCCGCCCCUGACUCCACCCAGAUGCCUGGCCACACCCACGUAGCACCCAGAGACCCAAUCACAACAGACCCCGCCCCCUUCCCCUCACCUCUGCCUCACAAGCACCGCCUCUCCCACCACUACAGUGUGAAGUCCAGUCGUCGCUCGUCCUACAUGUUGGCUGUCACGGCAACCCGCUCCAAGUCAUGUGACGACGGUCUGAACAUGUUUAGUGAGGAGGGGCAUGUUCUAUCGAGACGGCCAAGGAGGGCAAAGAGUUUCUUCACAGAUGGGUGUACAGGUGGCUCCAAGCGUCACUCGGCUUCAGAACUGGACAGCAACUACAGCGCCACCUGGAGGGAGGGAUGGAUCAACUACAAGCACAUCCAGACCGAGAGGGGGAAGAAGGUGGGCAGUGCGAUGAGACCAUGGAGGCGGGUCUAUGCUGUUCUGCGCUCCCAUUCGCUGUUUCUCUACAAGGACAAACGAGAGGCGGUGCUAGGGACCGGGACCGAGGAUGACCAGCCAAUCAACAUUGCAGGCUGCUUGAUUGACAUCGCCUACAGCGAAACACGGCGCAAGAACGUGCUGCAACUCAGCACUCAGGACUACAGUGAGCACCUCCUCCAGACCGAGGACCGCGAACAGAUGCUGAGCUGGGUCACUAGCAUACGGGACAACAGCUGGACUGACAGCCAGGAGCUCUGUUUCGCUAAACAAGCGCUGAUCAACAAAAAACUCAAUGACUACAGAAAACAGUGUAUCACAGGGAACAGACCGGACUCAUCUCCUAGGAUCCCCCGGAUUCUUCUACCCAAAACUGACUCCGCUGCAGCCCCACGCUCCCCAAAAACAGAUGCCAAAGAUGAGAGCCCCCCCAAGUCUCCGUGGGGGAUCAGUCUGAUGAAGAGGGGGCGCAGGCCAGUGGGGCCCAAAGCAUUCGGGGGACGUCUGGACGAGUGCCCACCAGCCCUCCACAACAAGUGUGUUCCCCUCAUAGUGGAGGUGUGUUGUGGUAUAGUGGAGCAGAAAGGUUUGGACUCCGUUGGGAUCUACAGAGUUCCUGGAAACAACGCCGCCGUUUCUCACCUGCAGGAGGCGCUAAACAAAGGAGCUGACAUCAACACCUCAGACGAGAAGUGGCAGGACCUGAACGUAGUCAGCAGUCUCCUCAAGUCCUUCUUUCGGAAGCUUCAAGAACCACUCUUCACCGACGAUAAAUAUCAGGACUUCAUCACUCUGACUGCUUGUCCCACUCUAGAUAAAUAUCAGGACUUCAUCACUCUGACUGCUUGUCCCACUCUAGAUAAAUAUCAGGACUUCAUCGAAGCCAACCGCCUGGACAACGCUAGCCACCGUCUCAAAACCCUCAAGACUCUGAUCUGCGAUCUGCCUGAUCACCAUUUCUACACUCUCAAGUUCCUGCUGGCCCACCUGAAGACAGUAGCAGAGCAUGCAGACAAAAACAAGAUGGAGCCCCGUAACCUGGCGCUGGUGUUCGGCCCCACCCUGGUGAGGACGUCGGAGGACAACAUGAUGGACAUGGUGACCCACAUGCCCGACCGCUACAAGAUCGUGGAGACCCUCCUGCAGCACCAAGAUUGGUUCUUCAGUGAGGAGCCAGAGAAAGAAGAGAAAACGCCAGAGGACACGGAGUCUGUCCAACCCGCCCCCAACAUCACCCACCUGCUCUCCAACAUCGGACGCACCGCUCACCUGGGAGACGCGUCAGACUCGACAGCCAGUGACUCGGCAAAGUCUAAGGGUUCAUGGGGCGCCCCUGAGGUCUUGAUGCUGUCCAUCAUGUCUGCUGUCACCAAAAAGCGUCGUCAGCGACAACCAGCCCCACCCUUCAGCACUGAUGACGAGUCAGAGCUCGAGCCAAUCACAGCAAGUGUGAUAGGGGAGGACUCCGCCCCUAAAGCUGAAGGGGAGGAGGAUGAUGAAGAUGACGAAGAGGAUGAUGAAGAGGGUGAUGUGGCAGUGGAGGAGGGAUCUCCCAGCAUUCCUGACGACAACCAGCAGGAGGCGUGUGGGGCUAAUGAUGGGGGCGGGGCUAAUGAUGGGGGUGGGGCUAAGGACCAGAGCUCUGUGCUGUUGGGUGGGAGGAGUCAGAGCUCUGUGGUGUCGGGUGACUCCUCCCUCUCCAUUCAGGGGCGGAGUCUAGCGGAGGAGGCGGACGACGAGAGCAGCGAGUGGGUUAGUGAGACGGACACAGAGAGCGGCUUCACCUCACACUCCGCACACACACACCCUGCUCCUGACUCCGCACACACACACCCUGCCAGUGCUACUCACACACACCCUGCCAGCGCUACACACACACACCCUGCCAGUGCUACUCACACACACCCUGCCAGCGCUACACACACACACCCUGCCAGUGCUACACACACACACCCUGCCCCUGACUCUGCACACACACAUGGGCCGCGUAGCUCCACCUCCUCGUGUGGCUCCGCCCCGCGGCUGCAGGCGCGCCCCUCCUUCAGCUCCCAUAGGCUGAUGCAGUGUGACACUCUUGCCCGUAAAAGGCAAAGGGGUGGAGCCAGGACAAAGACACGCCCACCUCUGCUGCCCCAGGUGCCAUCACAAGAGGAGGGGCCUAUGCCAAGCCCCGCCUCUCUUAGCCCCGCCUCUCCUAUUCCAAGCCCCGCCUCUCUUAGCCCCACCUCUCCUAUUCCAGGCCCCACCUCUCCUAUUCCAAGCCCCGCCUCUCCUAUUCCAAGCCCCGCCUCUCUUAGCCCCACCUCUCCUAUUCCAAGCCCCGCCUCUCCUAUUCCAAGCCCCGCCUCUCUUAGCCCCACCUCUCCUAUUCCAGGCCCCACCUCUCCUAUUCCAAGCCCCGCCUCUCCUAUUCCAAGCCCCGCCUCUCCUAUUCCAAGCCCCACCUCUCCUAUUCCAAGCACCGCCUCUCCUAUUCCAAGCACCGCCUCUCCUAUUCCAAGCCCCGCCUCUCCUAUUCCAAGCCCCGCCUCUCUUAGCCCCGCCUCUCCAUGCAGCAAUCCAGAGAGCCCAAAGACCUCAUCACACACACUCACACACACCCCUUUAGACACACCGUCACACACACUCACACACAGCCCUCCACACACACUCACACGCACCCCUCCACACACACUCACACACAGCCCUCCACACACACUCACACGCACCCCUCCAAACACACCAUCACACACCCCUCCACACACCCCUCCACACACACCAUCACACACACUCACACACACCCCUUUAGACACACCGUCACACACACAAGCUGCCCCCGCCACACACACACCCGCCGACCCCGCCACACUCACACACACACACACACAGGCCGACUCCCCCCCACACACACACACACAGGCCGACUCGCCCACACUCACACACACACACACACAGGCCGACUCGCCCACACUCACACACACACACACACAGGCCGACCCCGCCACACUCACACACACACACACACCUGUUCAGCUCAGAGAGGCGGCAGCGUUCAGUCCUGGGCGGAGCCUUGGCAGUGGUGGGCGUGUCCGUGUGGGCUCUGCUGAUGACCUGCGUGCGGUGGGGGGGGGGGAGGGGGAGGGGCUUCUGCGGGCUCCGUUGUCCCCGGAGACGCGGCGCAGGAGGAGGGCGUGGCGUCGUCACACGGUGGUGGCGUCUCCCACGGAAACCUACGUUGCCCCCGGCAACAAGGCCGCAGAGCCCUCACCCCGCCCGCCAGAGCCGUCACACACGCCAAACAUGUCACGCUUUCACCAGUUCCUGUAACCAUAGCAACCCACACACACACACACACGCCAAACAUGUCACGCUUUCACCAGUUCCUGUAACCAUAGCAACCCACACACACACACACACACGCCAAACAUGUCACGCUUUCACCAGUUCCUGUAACCAUAGCAACCCACACACACACACACACACGCCAAACAUGUCACGCUUUCACCAGUUCCUGUAACCAUAGCAACCCACACACACACACACACGCCACACAUCACGCUUUCACCAGUUCCUGUAACCAUAGCAACCCACACACACACACACACACGCCACACAUCACGCUUUCACCAGUUCCUGUAACCAUAGCAACCCACACACACACACACACACGCCACACAUCACGCUUUCACCAGUUCCUGUAACCAUAGCAACCCACACACACACACACACGCCAAACAUGUCACGCUUUCACCAGUUCCUGUAACCAUAGCAACCCACACACACACACACACACGCCAAACAUGUCACGCUUUCACCAGUUCCUGUAACCAUAGCAACCCACACACACACACACACACGCCAAACAUGUCACGCUUUCACCAGUUCCUGUAACCAUAGCAACCCACACACACACACACACGCCACACAUCACGCUUUCACCAGUUCCUGUAACCAUAGCAACCCACACACACACACACACACGCCACACAUCACGCUUUCACCAGUUCCUGUAACCAUAGCAACCCACACACACACACACACACGCCACACAUCACGCUUUCACCAGUUCCUGUAACCAUAGCAACCCACACACACACACACCAAACAUGUCACGCUUUCACCAGUUCCUGUAACCAUAGCAACCCACACACACACACACACGCCAAACAUGUCACGCUUUCACCAGUUCCUGUAACCAUAGCAACCGGGAGGACAUUGCCACUCUUUGCACUGCAGCAUGAAUUUGCCAAAAGUUAGCCUUUUCUCACACACACACACACACACACACACACACACACACACACACACACACCCAUACA